CUGUUCGGGAAGAUGCUGGACAGGGGGAGCUGCAUAGCAGACUCUGGGGCAGUAUAAAUAUGUAUUUUGUUUAACUAUGAAUCAACAAAACUCUAUUGGACCCCAGAAUAAAAACACACGACUUAAAAUAAACACAAAAUGCCGCUUUUACACAGUCUUGACAGUGUUUUGAACGCAGUGGGCGUUGUGUUUUUUGAACGCACCCUCGUUUCAUUUUCAAGAGACACAGCCGGGCUUUCUGGUGACGUUUAUGUGGGGAAGUCCAGUGUCGCGGUGCUGCGUUGACCUGAAAACAAGACACACUCCAGUUACACCUUUCUACUGCACACAGCUCAUGACACUUCCAUAGAAAACACAGGCUGCGUGAACAACAAUGGAGAGACCUCCCUUCAGGCAGAACCAGAACUUGGGGGACUGGGAACUGAAAGAGAGGCUGGGCAUGGGAGGCUUUGCCCAUGUUUACCUCUACCAGCAUAUGCAAACACACGAAAAACUGGCUAUAAAAAUGUGUCGCCUGGAGCUUACACCAAGGAAUAGGGACAGAUGGGGCAGAGAGAUCCAGAUCAUGAAAAAGUUAAAUCAUAUCAAUAUCGUGACAGCCCAGGAGGUCCCAGAGGAGGUGGAGCCCAUAGCCUUAAAUGAUCUUCCACUGCUGGCCAUGGAGUACUGCUCCAGAGGAGACCUGAGGAAGGUGCUGAGCAAACCUGAAAACUGCUGCGGUCUGAAAGAAAGUGAAGUGCUUUCAUUACUUAAUGAUGUUGGAUCCGGUAUCCAGUAUCUCCAUGAAAACAAGAUCAUACACAGAGAUCUUAAACCGGAAAACAUUGUGCUACAAGACAUCAACGGGAAGUUGGUUCACAAGAUUAUCGACUUGGGCUAUGCUAAAGACCUGGACCAGGGGAGUCUGUGCACUUCAUUCGUUGGCACACUUCAGUACCUGGCUCCUGAGCUCUUUGAGAAUAAACCGUACACUGUGACUGUGGACUAUUGGAGCUUCGGAACAAUGAUCUUCGAGUGCAGUUGCGGUUUCCGUCCAUUCCUACACAACCUGCAACCUGUGCAGUGGGCCAGCAAAGUGAGGAAUAAAGGUCCAAAAGACAUCAUGGCAGUAGAAGAACUAAACGGAGAAGUCAAGUUCUCCACACAUCUCCCCUACCCCAACAAUCUCAGCAGGACGCUGUUGGAGCCGAUGGAGGCGCUGCUUCAGCUGAUGUUAAAGUGGGAUCCAGUGCACAGAGGAGGCCAAGUGAACCAUGAAACCAAGAAACCCCUGUGCUUUGAACUCCUUGAUCAGAUACUGAUUAUGAAGGUCGUCCACAUCCUGAACAUGACCACAGCGCAGGUCCACUCCUUCCAGCUAACUCCUGACGAGAGUCUCCACAGUCUGCAGAAGCGCAUCGAAGCUGAGACCAAGAUCGAGGUGGUGAACCAGGAACUGCUGCAGGAGACGGGAGUGUCACUGGACCCCAGGAAGCCCGCUGCACAGUGUGUCCUGGAUGGAGUGAGAGGGUGGGACAGCUACAUUGUCUACCUGUUUGAUAAGAGCAUCACCAAGUACACCGGCCCCUUCAGUGCCAGACGUCUGCCUGAGAAAGUCAACACCAUUGUGCAAGAUGCCAAGACGCAGCUGCCUUUGGUUGUGAUGAAGAAGGUGUGGGGUGAAGCUGUGAGCUACAUCUGUGGCCUGAAAGACGACUACAGCAGACUUUUCCAGGGGCAGAGAGCUGCCAUGUUGAGCCUCCUCCGCUACAACACCAACCUGACCAGGUGUAAAAACAGCAUGUUCGGCUUCUCGCAGCAGCUCAAAGCUAAGCUGGAUUUCUUCAAGAGUAGCAUCCAAUAUGACUUGGAAAAAUACAGCGAUCAGAUGCACUAUGGCAUAUCCUCAGAAAAGAUGCUGAAAGCCUGGCAGGAGAACGAAGAAAGAGCUGCAGCUUUUGCUCAGGUGGCAGAGGUGAGCCAUUUGGAUGAUGAGAUCAUGGCUCUGCACUCUGAGAUAGUAGAACUACAGAGGAGCCCAUAUGCCCGACGCCAAGGAGACAAGAUGGAGCAGCUGGAAGAAAAGGCAAUCGAACUUUACAAGCAACUGAAGAUGAAAUGCAAAGUACCUGACUCUGAUGUGAGCUGCGACAGCUCUGAGAUGGUGAAGGCCAUCAUCCAGACAGUCCAGAACCAAGACAAGGUCCUCAAAGAUCUGUUCACACACCUCAGUAAAAUCCUGAUCAGCAAACAGAAGAUCAUUGACUUGUUUCCCCGGAUUGACAAAACUCUGGAGAACAUCAAGGACGCUGACAACACCGUGAUGCAGAUGCAGAUCAAGAGACAGAGGGAGUUCUGGCACUUACUUAAGAUCGCCUGCGCUCAGAACUCGUCACGGAGCUCGAUAGCAGCCAGUCCCGAGUCGUCCAACCUGCUGCAGGUUUCUCAGUGGUCCCAGUCGGCACAGCCCGUCAGCUCCCCGCACCCCCUGACCUCCCUACCAGGGCCAAAUGACAGUGAUGCUGCCCCACGACUCCUGCAGGAGAACCAGAAGUACCUCAGUCAGCUGACCAGCCUGAUGCAGGAAGCUGCUGACGAACAGGCCAACAGCAUAGUGGACCAAGACUGGAGCUGGACGAAAUACGAAACUUUAACAACAAAACUAAAAAAGCAAAAUUCGUAAAGUCCACCCUCCACCCCCGUCUGAGUAACACUAAGGACUGUGAGCUGAUAACGCGGCUGAGCGGCGUCUAACAGUACAGUAGUACAGUUUGUACAUGGACUCGGGAUUUUCUCGUGAAAACGACUUUCCUGCUCAUCUUUAAAGAAAAAAAAAAAAAGCUGAGUUCACGCAUGCUCAGCGGCGUCCGUCUCCUCCCAUCGUCUCACAUGGUGGAAGGUUUGAUUAUUGAGCUUGUUUUUUAUGACAAAACAAUGAAGCUGUCUCUCUCUCUCUUCUUUUCUUUAUGCUGCACAAUAUUCAUCACACUUUGGUUUUUACUAUCACUGCAAAAAUGGAGCAAACUAUAGCACCACAUUUGAGGGCUUGACGUGGAUCAGUCAGGUGGGAGAGCGUUCGACAGGAACGUGGGAACUCGUUUGACCCCGUGGCAUGAACGGGAAACGCAGGAAGGUGUCGGGGGUCGCUGGAAGGCGGGUGUGGGGAGGAAAUAAGAAUCAAGCAAAGAGCACUUUGAUACUCCCAUGUGUCCUCUCUGUGAAGAGGUGAAACGUUCCCAGCUGCCAAAAAUGUUGCAGAAUUUAAAGCGAGCAGAAACUGUCAGCGUCGGUUUGAUUGAUUUACUAGAAACGUUUGAGGGCGCGUGUUGAAUUCUCUGUAUGUACGUUUUUAAAAAAACAAGUGUUACAGGCAGAAAUCCCAUGGCUGGCCAUUAUGUUAAUACGAUGUGUAUAUUGUAUGUGUGUCUUUUUAACCGUCAUGGAUGUAAGGCGGGGUUUUCUCGUCUCGUUCGGGUGCAAAUAAUGUACGCUAAAUUCAUAGUCGUGCAGAGCUGAAACGAUCAGUCCGUAGUUUCCACAGAAAUCUGAGUAAUCCUGUAAUCAAUUCUGCAUCAAGACGAGCGGGUGGUGGGGCUCGUGUUCAGACUGUGCCGUAAAACCACUGCAGAAGAAGAGGACGGGGUUAGGAGACCAGAGGGCUGCAGGGCGGAGGCAGAUUUAAUGGGACGGUGAAGGAUGGCGAGGCUUGCUUUGUACUGCACGCAUGAGCUGCUCCAGAGGAAGUUCUUUUCAGAUUUUCAGAUUAAAAUGUAAAUCUAAAAGUGCACGUUUCCAAAGAGCAAUUUAUAUCGACGAGGUUACCUGCCGAGCUGCAUGUCAGUAAAGUUCGCACAGGAACCUUUGCACAUUUAGUCACCGUUGCAGAAAAUAAAUUGCAUAUUCAUGAUGAUUAAGAAUAAAUAGCUCGAUUUACACUUGGCCGACCUCCCACUUUAAGAUGAUCUGGGCCGUCUUCAGCACAGCGGCCGUGUUUGCAUCUCUGAGUGAAAUUGCCGUUAUUCCUCCAAAUCAGUGAACACGUUUAAUUUUCUGCAAAAGCCUCGUGAUGCCCGUCUGUCUGAGAGUUUAGUUUUUCUCGAGUCCAGUGAAAGCUCGGUUAACAAAAACAUGAAAAAUCUUUUUCACUGCAGAUCUGAUAUCUUUGUCUCCCUGUCAAGGCUGAAAACAAAUAUUUUGUGCACAUCAUGGGUAAUUCUGCUCAUCUUAUUUUCAUCUUAUUUUUAUGGAUUUGAAAGAUCUGAAAGUCUAAAACCUUGUUGGUGUAUUUUUGACAGAUUAAAGUCAAAUUAUUUAUUCAAAAGAAAAUAAAUCAAGUGUUUCUGAUCUCUCUGAGAUGAUAAUUGAUCUUUUUCUUUAUCAAAUACGGCCAAAAAGAAAACCAUCUCAAAUGUCAGUGCCGUUUUUGAACAGUUUUAUAUUCAGACUUUUUGUUAAGAGAGAUUUUAAGGAUUCUCAACUUUUUCUGAAAUCAGAGAGAAAUGAGUGAUAGUCAGUGAUAACAAAUGUGCCAUCCACCAGAGUCUGUCAUUCAAAAAAUGAGGAAAUGUAAAACAAAUGAGUAAUCUUACCCUCUUAUCCGGCUCAGGCUUGCAGGGGGUGAGUGUGGAAAUCAUUUCCUCUAUUUUUAAAUAAUUGCAUGUGUAAAGCUCAAGCCUUCACUAAGUCACAUCGCACACCUCAACACGUUUAUCAGGUAAAGAAAACAGGAUCCAGGUUCAAUUUUAUUUCAUUAGCCGUCGGCUCAGUGGGAUAGUCUGAUGCUCUGCGUCCCACCAGUUGGACCCACUCCACAGUUUGAGAACCAAAAGGUAAAACUGGUGUAAACAGAACCAGAGCUGCUCUUACUUUCAUUCGUUCCUGUAGGAGGUCACGACUGAAGUUACUGACAGUGAGAAAGUUACAUUUGGAGCCUUUCAGUGAUAACAAAUAAUGUCAUCUGCCAGAGUCUGUCAUUCAGGAAAUGAGGAAAUAAAAACAAAUCGGAUGCAUUUAGUUUGUUUGGAUUGUCUGCGAGUCUCAGCUCGAGUUUUCCCCUCAUAACGAUCAAUCUGUCAAAAAUUAGGGGUUUUUGUCCUUAUUUUUUAAAAGUCCAGAAUUGAUUCAUCCAUGAGUAAAGCAGUGAUUAUUAUAAUGUUACACGGUAUAUUGAUGGUGCUGAAGAAACGCUUCCUGUUUCUCCGCUUUCUCAGAUCUGAGUAACAGGAAGCCGAGAACGUCUCGGGCUAAUUUGCUUGAAAAACAAAUAAAGACUAGCCGGCUAAUCGUUUCAGCUCUCACCACAAACACGAGUCGUUUCUCUCUGACAUCCCAUAAUGACAGGAAUGCAACAACGUUGGUGCAACGCGGUCGGGCUUCCUCUAAUCGGAGCGAUCGAACCCGUGAGCGAUGGGUUGAAUGUGCUGUACGUCGUGUUUCUUUGGGCCAGAGAGAGAAAUGAACUUUCUUGUAUUUAUGAAGUUAAAGUGCAAUGGCUAAAAUAAUAUUUUCUUUUUGUUUUGUAUUUAAAUAACUCCGUUUGUUUCUUUCCAUUUGAGUUUUGUUUCCGUCUGCUGGUUUAAGUAUGUUCACUUUUUAGAAAUGCAAUUGUAUGAAGAUCAAAUGUUUACCUGGAAAUAAAAUAAAUCACUUUGGCACGAUUCCUGUGUCGAUGCUUCUUUCAGUUACUCGGUGAGGAAAAGCUGGAGCCCGGCCAAACACUUGAUUGCGGGCUGAACCCAACAUAACAAGAAGGUUGUUAUUUCCAUCUGCGGUAGUUUAUAUUUGUUUGGGUUUGUCUCAGCUCCUCUGCCUCGCACUCUUGCAGAGGUUUAUAAUUUCAUCCAAUUUGUGGUUUAAUCUGAUCUAUUCAGUUCAACUUUAUAGCGCCAAAUCACAACAGCACUGCUCUCAAGACACUUUGAGCAGCCAACCUCGACACGAUUCACUUAACCGCCCCUCGAAUACAUCACGCAGCGAUCACAGCAGUGAAACGAGCUGGAUUUUGGGAAUCCGAUGAGUACACCUAAAGUGCAUCUGUGACGACAGACGUGACACACUGAUUAAAUCAGAAGCAUGAUGCAGGUGGUCCCAAACUGUAGACAGGCUUAAACUCAUCAGCUUUAAAAAUAUUAACAAGAUGAAUAUGGAAUUUAUGAGAAACGUACAAUGCCUUUUUCCUCUGAGGGCUUUGGCUGCCAGACUUAGGAUCAGUUGAUUAGUUUUGUGUUCAAUUGUAUUAUUCUGUUUUUGUUUUUACAUGUACGGAUUUAAUUUCCUGCUAAUUUCUUUCCCUUUUUUGUACUGCUGGGAUUCUUCUGGUGGUCCCCGCUGACGUAGCAGCGUCCAUAUUAUUUGCUUUUUGUAACCACGGACUGAAAAUGCUUCCCAGAUGUGCUGCUCCUCAGCGAGGAGGAGGGCGGAUCAUAUUUGUUUGUGCUGAAACUUGAGUCUCUAGUCACAGUAAUCAUAGUCAUAGUGGGUCAUUGGCUGUGACACUGUGACAGCAUGUAGCUCACUAACUGUAAUGUUGUGCUUUUACGUUUAAGCUGACUAAUUUGUCCUCAGAUUUGACUCAUCGAGAGUUGAGCUGCUUUUUACUGCUUGUCCAUUUCUCUAAUUGCAGCAUCACUGAUAAAAGGAAGGAAACGUCCUGACAGGACUUCCUGUACACGUUAGUGUUCUCUCGGUGUUUCUCGGGACUUCAUAACAAACAAGCUUAAUGCAAACAGUUUGAUUGCACUCAGUGCGGUCACCGCUCUGUAAUCGUGACUCAAUAGAGGACGGGUAUUUUUUUUUGGUCGGUAUCAAAAAAGGGGAAGUUGGUAUCAUUCGAGAUAACUUGACUCGGGUAUUCAAUAAUUUUAUCUGAGUCUUUUAAGAGUGAGUCAGUGCAGAUGAUCAUCUUAUUCACUCUUCUUCUCAUGACCUGGUUUAAGUGUUUCUGGCUCAGCAUCAACUGUUUUAGCACACGUCAGGAAGUGAUUUGUCAGAAGUGUUACAAGCACGAAAAGUCAUGCCAGGUCACAGCUGUCGGCCUCCGGAUAGGCUUAGAUUACAAUCUUAUCUCUGCACACUGAAACGUUUAGGACUAAUACGCUGUUAUUAGUAAUAUUCUGUUAUUUUACCCCGAGUUUAAAAUAGUUAUAGGCAGGAAACUUAAACGUGGUUUGGGAGACCACACAGAGGUCACUCUGAAGUAUGUUACCCUAGAAAGUGUUGUGGUUUUGUCCUGCAAAAGGAGCUCAAAGCAGAGUAAACACACAGCUGGCUGCAGGGUUGAGUCGACGCCCGGAUCUCUUUGAAGAGAAGGCUUCGUCAUCGCGUAUCAACUCGUGCAGAAUGCGCUCGUUAAGUGGGCAGCAAGCACAGGCGAAACGUUCUGCUGCCAAACAAGCCACGCUCAUUGUUAACCGUUGUUUUAUUAGCCGUGAAUCAGAGUGAAUCAGACGAGCUCUGGGAGAGAAACCAGCACCCGCCCCCUCUACUCAGUCCCACAUUCCUCCAGGCUCGACUCCCAUGUCGGAUUUACAGCAGAGCUUAAAGUCACAUUUCCCCCCCUUUUUACAGUGAGAUUUACAUAUCUGACAUUAAAUAUUUGUGGGAGUUUGUCUAGCAGAGAGUCAUAUUUAUGCUUCUCUUGUCUUCGUCCUGCAGUUUGCUGCUUCAGCUACUAUGAUAGUUUGGACAAAAGCGAGAGGGUUGCCGGUUUGGUGUGGAGGUCCUGAGGUCAGAGUCCUGACCUCAACUCCAUCAAACAUCUUUGCCAGAGCCGGUAUCACAGAACAUCAGUGUUUGAUCUCAACAGAAUAAACGCCUUCCAGCUUGAGGCCGACUCCCAUGUUAAAAUGGUUUAAAGCAGAAAUAAGCACGUUUAGGUUUGCUUCUAUGGAUAUCUUCCCCUUUCAUAACAAAAAUCCAGAGGGUGAACUGCUCACUUACCCCUCCGUUUUUGUUUUUGAGUCCUGCUCUGCUUGUACGUGUAAACCUGCAAUCAGCCAAUCGCACGCAUAUCACAUGUAGACACGGUCAAGACAACUUGUUGAAGUUCAAACUGAGGAUCUGAAUGGGGAAGAGUGCUUGCUGCCAAACGUUGUGGCCUAAAUAUUUCAGAAACUGCUGAUCUGCUGCAAUUUUCCCACACCAUCCCCGAGUUUACAGAAAUUGGUCUGAAAGUGGAAAAUGUCCAGCGUGUGGGAGGUCUAUGGGGAGAAAAAGCCUCGCUGAUGUCAGAAGCCGGUGGAGAAUGGCCUGGCUUCUUCGAGCUGAUAGGAAGGAGGCAGAAACUCAAAUAACGACUCAUUACAGUCAAUGUAUGCAGAAGAGCAUCUCUGAAUGCACACAUCAGACCUUGCUGAUGGGCUACAGCAGCAGGAGACCCCACGAGCAUCACUCCUGUCAGCUAAGAGCAGGAAACUGAGGCUACAGUUCCCACAGGCUCACUCUAAUGAGACAACAGCAUAAUAUACAUUGUAUGAACAGUUUAGGAUGCUGCUGGUUUAAUGGUGAGCAUCAUUUAAACCCCUCAGCUUACUGACGCAGUGUACCUGUCUUCCGAUUGCUACUGCAGCAUCCUGAACCUCAGAUCGUUCGCUGUACUUGAAUGGCCUCCAGUCGCCUGAUCUCAGUCCAGCAGAGCACCUCUGGGAGGUGAUGGAACCCGAGGAAGGCUUCCAAGAAUUAGGGAAGUUCAGAAGGGAAGAGGGGGUCCAGCAUGGAUGUUUGUGUUUUCUGUGCUGCAGUAAGACGUCACUUGAGCCUUUUGAUUCACAGUGAAAGUUCUUGUUUCUCCGAAGAAAAGUGAGCAGCAUUUCAGUUAACAGAAGACAUUAAAAAAAACAAAAAAACAAAACAAUGUCUGGAUGCCAAACAGGAAACUCAGACGAUAAAGUCUGAGUCCUCGCAGCUGCCUCUCAGACCUGCUUCCUUUAGCCGCUCAUUAGAGACCAGUAAAGACACUGUUUGCUGGGGAAGAACAAUAGAAGGCUGCUCGGUCAGUUAAUUAAAUGUUACACAAGGAAAACAAAUCCAAUGUAACGGAUGUAAUUUCCCUCUGUUUUGGACCACACCAAUGAAUUACACAGUCAGCUGAUGCAACAUGAUCACACUGUCGAAAUAAAGUGCACUUUAUUCAUUGCAACAGAAAGCGCUUCAUGGGAAUUCAAGUUUUUACAUCUGAUCAUACGCAACUGAUUACAAUUAAAGAGGACCGUUAUCAUGUGAAAUCAUACGCUGUAGUUUUGGAUUAAUGACUACUUUGCAGUUCAACAUAUGAAACCUUCACAAUUCUUCCUAGAAAAAUAUCAGUGCAGUUUAAGAGAAAACAAACAAAACAGUAAUUUCUCCUCAAGGCUCCAUUACAUCCACCCAUUCCCCACCUCUGUGGGACUGAACGAACAAUGGAGCUUAAAAAGGUUUAAAGCUGAACCACAGUAACACACAGAGGCCACGUAACGGACGUACCUUCAAGUACAGUGCAAAGUAAUGUAAAAAAACACUUCGUAGAAGGCACAAAAUGGCUGUGAAGGCACUGUAGGGACUGCAUGAAAGUCAAAAAUCCAAAAAAGAAGGAAAAAAAUACAGUUUCCCAGUGAUCUCUCAGUAUCAACUGGAACUUUGUUUAAUUUAAAAGAAAAAAAAAAGGCACAACAAUCACAAACCAGCAGGUAAAAAACAUUUGAGGCUGUGUUUGCGUGCAGCUAUUAGUGAAACCUCACUAGUCGCUCUGUUUUUGGUCUCAGCUGUUCAUUUGGCUAUUUUUACAAGCUGGUCUCCAAAGAAGAAUUUAAAUAAGAACAAUUAAGGAUGCAGACGAACACUGUCUCGUGGUUGGUUCAAAAAGUUUUGAGUCCAGCAUUUAAAUAAAAUAAAGGGUAGCACAUCGUUACAAUUUUGAAUAACGGCAUUACAAAACCACCCGAAUCAACGUUUCACACCACUUAGAAACAUGUUGGGAUUAGUAACAGGUUUACAGACUGGCUGUUGUCACUCGCAGUUAGAUUCUUCUACCUCUUUCUGAUAUUUUGGAGAUUAUUUCGUUUUUCUUUCAGGCUGCUGGACUCAGAUUUCCUCCCUAAACCUAUCAUUUUGCUCACCAGGACAUAGAAAUUACACGACUGAUCAAAUUUGAUAAAAACAGUUUAAAACUUUGCAGACUUUCCCUAAAAUAUACUUUCAAAAAUCUUUUUAACUGGAAGUGAAACAUUGCCGGCAUAUUUGCUGCUGAAGAAUUCUCCCAUACAUUUCCUGACUGUCUCCUAAAAUGCCUCCAGCUCUUUACUCACAUGCAGUCUGCUUGAGAUGAGUUUUCACUGCUGAAUACACUCAGGCUAGUUAGGCUGAGAGCUGCCCGAGCUCCUGCUCAUUGUUCUUUUACUGGAGCUGCAGCUGUUUUCACAUUCAUUAUGAAGUUACAGAUUCUUUUGUUUGUUGUGUUUUUACUGCUGAGUAAGCAACAGGCAAGUAAUAGGAAAGUUGAUCACUUCUAUUUGUUGGUGAUCAGGUAUUGUAUUAGUAUACACCAUCAGUCAACUGUCUGAUUUACUGUGUUACACAGCAGCCGUCUUUGAUUCUGCAUGGCCACACGGACAUGAACCUAACAGGGCGUAUUAGGGCCACUAAAAUUUGUUGAAAAAAAGUCAAAUUUACAAGAAAACGUACCAAAUUUAAGAGAAUAAAUUUUUAACUUUACAAAAAAAAGUCUACAAGCAAAUUUGUGCACAAAGACUGGAAAAAGUGGCAAACUGUCUUAUAAAUGUUCACCUCUGAAGCUUGAGUUUCCCCAAUGCUGUAAAAAAUGUUAAAAGUGCUCCGACAUUAUGCCUGUGCAAUUUUAACAAUGCAGGGUGGCCCAUGAUUUAGAGACCUUUGACAUAAUUAGGAUUUUCUUUCUUAUUAUGUUCAGACUAGUUGCUUAGUUUUGCUUUGCUCCUGUUUAAUUACGUCCUAAAUGACUCCCAGCAACAUUCAGAUCUCUUUAUAUCACAGUGGAGCUGCAAGCUCAGUUCUGUGCAGGUAUCAGGACAAGUGACCCUUUGACAUGGACACUUUUUCACAUUAUCUUAUAAAAAAUACUGAUUAGAGCUGCUUGUAGAGGCACAGAGUGUGUGAGUGUGCAUCCCAAACAAGCUACAAACUGAACACAUUACCAUUCACGAAAAAGAUAACUGCCUAAUCAUUUUCAUGCAGUCCCUGAAACACUCAUUAAAUAAAUACUGUAAAACAAUAUCUUAUAAAAGUGCUUUACACGCGUUACACAGGAGGAAAACUGCAGCAGCAGUUAAUUUAGAACGAACCCCACCACCAGAAAACAGCCAAAAAAAAAAAAAAAUCAGACUUUUCCACAGCAGCUGUGCA